GCCCCGGAGAUCAACCAUUAACUUUGGGCUGGAUUUAAAAAAAGGCAGGGCAUAAAUAUCCGUCUUCAUCUCGCCUCCGUUCAUCUUCUCUGGUGGAGACAUGGGGAAAGGAGUCUACCUCAGCAAAGCGUUGGUGGUGACCUGUGUGGUGGUGGCCAGCGCCGCCGUGGCCACCAUCAUAGCCCUGUCUGUGGUCUACGCUCAGGAGAAGUCAAAGAAUGAAGGGACGACUACUCCCGGCCCGAUUACAACCGCCUCCCCCCCGCCGCCGCCCACCACGCCCUCCACCCCGACGGAGCCCUGGCAGCGCUACAGACUCCCCGACUCCCUCGCUCCCUCCUCCUACAACGUGACCCUGUGGCCCCGGCUGGCGCCCAACGCAGACGGCCUCUUCGUCUUCCUCGGACACUCCCGGGUGGUCUUCAGAUGCAUGAAGGACACGGACCUCAUCCUCAUCCACUCCAACAAGCUGAACCUCACCAAGUUCGACGGACACCACGCCAAGCUGACGGGCCUCGACGGAGCCGCCGCGCCCCCCCUCAAAAGAACCUGGUUGGAGGUCCCGACGCAGUACCUGGUGGUGCAGCUGAAGAGCCCGCUGAGGGCCGGCAGCACGUACGAACUCUUCACCGAGUUUGUGGGAGAGCUGGCGGACGACCUGGGAGGAUUCUACCGCAGCGAGUACAUGGAAGACGGAGUGAAAAAAAUCGUGGCUACGACUCAAAUGCAGCCGACGGACGCCAGGAAGGCCUUCCCCUGCUUCGAUGAGCCCGCCAUGAAAGCCGUCUUCCACAUGACUCUGCUGCACCCACACGGGACCGUGGCUCUGUCCAACGGCAUGGACUACGAGCCCGUUAAUGUCACUCUGGACGGCGUGGAUGUAGUCCAGACCAGCUUUGCCCCCACAGAGAUCAUGUCCACCUACCUGCUGGCUUUCGUCGUGUGCGACUUUACAUUCAUCGGUUCGAAGCCUGGUGCAGCCGUCCUGAUCAGGAUCUGGGCCCGUAAGAAGGCCAUCGAGGAGGGUCAGGGAGACUACGCUCUGGAGAAGACCGGACCCAUCCUGUCUUUCUUUGAGAAAUAUUACAACUCUUCUUACCCCCUCGCUAAGUCAGACCAGAUCGCUCUUCCCGACUUCAGCGCUGGCGCCAUGGAGAACUGGGGUCUGAUCACUUACAGAGAGACCGCCCUCUUGUACAACCCCGACGUGUCAUCCAACGGAGACCAGGAGUGGGUGGCGACGGUCAUCUCACACGAGCUCGCACACAUGUGGUUUGGAAACUUGGUGACGACGAGGUGGUGGAACGACCUGUGGCUCAACGAAGGGUUCGCUUCCUACGUCUCGUAUCUUGGAGCCGACUACGCUGAGCCGACGUGGAACAUGAAAGAUUUGAUCGUCCUGAACGAGAUCAUCGGUGUGAUGGGAGUCGACGCUUUGGCCUCCUCUCAUCCGCUCUCGUCCAAAGAGGAGGACGUCCUGAAACCGGAGGACAUCAGUCAGCUGUUUGACUCCAUCACGUACAGCAAGGGAGCUGCGGUCCUCAGGAUGCUCUCAGAGUUCAUCACCGAGGACGUCUUCUCCAAAGGACUCCAUACAUACUUAGAGGCGUUCAAAUAUCAGAACACGGUCUACACCGACCUCUGGAAACACCUGCAAAUGGCCGUGGAUAAAGCCGGCGUUCCGCUGCCGUACUCCGUGGAGGAGAUCAUGAACCGCUGGAUCCUGCAGAUGGGAUUCCCAGUUGUCACCAUUGACAGCAAGACUGGAAAAAUCAGCCAGAAACACUUCCUGUUGGACCCAGACUCUGUGGUACAUAGACCCUCGCCGUUUGGGUACGAGUGGUUCGUCCCUGUGACCUGGAUUAAAACUGGUGGAGUUGAGCAGCAAUACUGGCUCCUACAUAAAGAAGCUACAAACACAAACAUGACGCUCGGUCCAAACGAUUGGUUGGUGGCCAACAUCAAAAUGAAGGGCUUCUACAGAGUCAACUACGACUCGGAAAACUGGGAACGUCUCCUCGCCAAGCUGAGCUCCAAACAUCAGGAUAUUCCGGAGACCAACCGAGCUCAAAUCAUCGACGACGCUUUUAACCUGGCAAGGGCAAAGAUGGUGGACACGACUCUGGCUCUGAGGACCACAAAGUUCCUGGAUAAAGAACGUGAAUACAUGCCCUGGGAGACCACCAGCCGCAAUCUGAACUACUUCAUCCUCAUGUUUGACCGCAGUGAGGUGUAUGGACCCAUGCAGGCUUACAUAAAGAAACAGGUCACUCCGCUGUUUAAUUACUUCAAAGAUCUCACCGCCAACUGGACAAAGAUCCCAGAUAAACACACCGACCAGUACAAUCAGGUGAAUGCAAUCUCCAUGGCCUGCAGCACGGGAGUGCCAGGAUGCAAGGAGCUGACCACCGGCUGGUUCAGAGAGUGGAUGGCAAACCCAGAAACCAACAACAUUCGUCCUAACCUGAAGUCCACAGUGUACUGCAGUGCAAUCGCAGCAGGGGGGGUGGAGGAGUGGGACUUUGCCUGGUCCAUGUUCAAGAACGCCACCAUCGCCUCCGAGGCUGACAAACUCAUGUAUGCUCUGUCCUGCACCAAACAGCCCUGGCUGCUCAACAGGUAUCUGGAGUAUUGCCUGGACCCGGAGAAGAUCCGUAAGCAGGAUGCUACCUUCACCAUCACUUAUAUCGCUGGAAACUCCGUCGGUCAGCCUCUGGCGUGGGACUUCAUCAGAUCCAACUGGGACCAUAUAUUCAAUGAUUAUGGCGGUGGAUCGUUUUCGUUUGGAAGAUUGAUCGAUGGAGUGACCAAACGGUUCUCCUCCGAGUUCGAGUACAAACAGCUGCUGCAGUUCAAAGAAGACAACGCCGGGCACUUCGGCUCGGCCUCUGCGUCUCUUGAGCAGGCUCUGGAGAGGACAAAGGCCAACAUAAACUGGGUGGAGAUGAACAAGAAACAGGUGUUGGACUGGUUCACCAGUGAAGCUUCUUCUUCUCCAGUUUAACACAUUUUACUGCGGCUGACAACAAAUUGCUAUUAUUAUAAAAUUGUUCAGAGAGUGAUGACGCUUUUUUAAGAUGUAAAGUAUUGAUUUAACCUUUUUAUUAAUAAAGACUAUUUAAUACCAAA